CACUGCUGGCACGGGAUCCACCGUGCUGCAAUGCUGGCAGCUGCUCAGGCAGCCUCCACCACUCCUGCUCUCUGGGCUCAGCUGCUGGGCACAGCGCGGCGUGCCAUGGCCACCAGCCUGCUCCGCGUGUGCCCUCCGGGGGAGCUGCUGCGGCCCCUGGCCGUGCCGGAGCGGCUGCUGCUCGGCCCGGGCCCCAGCAACGUGCCCCGCCGUAUCCGGGCUGCGGGGGCAGCCCAGCUCCUGGGCCACAUGCACCCCGAGGUGCUGCAGGUGAUGGAUGAGAUCAAGGCAGGCAUCCAGUACGCCUUCCAGACGCGCAACAGGCUGAGUCUGGCCCUCAGCGGCAGCGGCCACUGUGCCAUGGAGGCCGCCCUCCUCAACCUGCUGGAGCGAGGUGACACCGUGCUGGUGGCCAUCAAUGGCAUCUGGGGACAGCGUGCUGCCGAGAUCGCCAGGAGGCUGGGAGCCAAUGUCUGUGAGCUGCUGAAGCCCCCGGGCCAGUACUUCACUCCACAGGACAUUGAGCAGGGCCUGGUGCAGCACAAUCCUUUGGUGCUCUUCAUCACCCACGGCGAGUCCUCCACUGGGGUGCUGCAGCCGCUGGAGGGGCUGGGCGAGCUCUGCCACCGGCACGGCUGCCUGCUGCUGGUGGACGCAGUGGCGUCGCUUGGGGGAGCCCCCAUCUUCAUGGACCAGCAGGAGAUCGAUGUCCUGUACUCGGGGUCCCAGAAGGUCCUGAACGCACCCCCUGGCACUGCCCCCAUCUCCUUCAGUGAGAGAGCCAGGGAGAAGCUGCUGAGGAGGAAGACGAAGCCGCCAUCCUACUACCUGGACAUGAGCUGCUUGGCAAACUACUGGGGCUGUGACGGGGAGCCACGGAGGUACCACCACACAGCGCCCAUCAACAGCUUCUUCAGCCUGCGGGAGGGCCUGGCCCUGCUGGCAGAACGGGGUCUGGAGAGCUCCUGGGAGCGGCACCGGGCCAACUGCAGCCUGCUGUGCCAGGGGCUGCUCGGCAUGGGGCUGGAGCUCUUUGUGGAGGAGGAGAAAGCCAGGCUGCCCACCAUCACCACCGUCAGGGUGCCCGAGGGCUACAGCUGGAAGGACAUCACGGCUUUCCUGAUGGACAAGCACGGCGUGGAGAUCGCCGGGGGCCUGGGCCCCACGGCGGGCAAGGUGCUGCGCAUCGGCCUCAUGGGCUGCAACUCAACCCGGGACAACGUGGAGCGAGUGCUGGGAGCCCUGCGGGACGCCCUGCAGUGCUGCCCCCGCAGCCGGCUGUGAGCCCCCGGGCACUGCCUGGCGUGCCUGGCACCAGAGGGACUCACUGCCUCCCUG